UAUCAUGUUUUUAUCCACCGACUUUCAGAACCCCGGCCACUCUGGGCUGUACUGGGAGUUCCACACCGCGCCAAUCCUAGUUGUUCUAAAUAGCUUCGUAUACCAUCAUCUUGGCCGUACUUCUAUAUAUAUCUUUACAUCGGCAAUGCCAUCGACAACCUUUCCUUCGACUCUGGCCAUCUAUUGCUCCUUCAUACAACAUGGCUCAGCUUCAAUCCUCGCUGUUUACUUUUGCCAUCACAACGACUAUCAGGUCGAGUUUGUGGAUUGCCGUGUCCGCCCCCUUCUGGAGUCACCACAAUUCCCUCCCACUAGGACGAUUGCAUAUCCACACGAUUGGCUAUUGUCGUAAGCGCGGCUUCGGAGAUUCGGUUCAAGCGUUGUACAACGAAAUGGGAAUCCUUCUCGAGGGACAGUUCUUCGGACAAUCGUCGGGUCAACAUGCUCCACGAUACUCUAACUAUACUGCACCCUACGGCACGGCAUCCACCCCACACGCCCGGCGUCGCGACAACAUGUCGAUGGGUACGGGAGGAUCGGGUCACGGCGAAUCCUGCAGAAUAACCUUGUCUGCUCCGACUCCACGACACACCCACAAAAUCAACUUCCAAACCAGCGAAAUCCCUCCUAGCUCCAACAAGGCCAUCCACAAGUACUGCAGCAGCAACAAUCGGUCCACUCUAGAAGACCCACUGCUAGCGAAUCGUCAAGCGCCUCAAAGGCUUGACACUGACUACCCCUGCGCAAGCUGCAACGCUGGGGAGUCCGUGGACUGGGGAGCCGAGGGUUGGCGAGGCGCUUGGCAGAGGCGAGUUCUCUUUGUCAACGUCUGCUGUUGGGCAGAAGAUAAUGACGCUGCCUCCUCACACACUGCAAGGGACUCCGGAGUGCGUUGA